UGCUGGUUGCAUCGUGUUUUGAGAAAGCAGGUGUCUAUAGUAACGGCAACGUCAAUCUACCGCCCCGCUGAAGCUUGGAAAAAAAAAAACGCGCGGUUGGGCAGACAGACAAACAAAUUUCUCACUGCUUACAACCACACCCCCCCCCCCCCGUGUCUGGACUUUGGUAGCAGCCGCGUUGUGCUCGUUUUUUUUUCACGCCGGUUGAAGAUGGCGGCGGCGCUGGAGGGUAGAAGCCGCUAGGACUGAGAGAGAGCUGGAUAAACCUCGUUUGAAUUCGCGUGGAUGUUGUUAUCAUUAAUGUCAAUAAUGUUUGCUUUCUAACGUCGUUUUCUGGGGUCGGAGCGCGGUGCUGAGAUGGGAGAGAAGCUGGAAUUGCGGUUAAAAUCACCGGCAGGAGCCGAAUCGGCUACAUAUCCCUGGCCUUUACCUGUCUAUGAUAAACACCAUGAUGCUGCUCAUGAAAUCAUCGAAACAAUCAGGUGGGUGUGUGAGGAGAUACCUGACCUGAAGCUGGCCAUGGAGAACUAUGUGCUGAUCGACUAUGACACAAAAAGCUUCGAGAGCAUGCAGAGGCUAUGUGACAAGUACAACAGAGCUAUUGACAGUAUUCACCAGCUGUGGAAAGGCACGACGCAGCCCAUGAAGCUGAACACUCCUCCCUCGAAUGGGCUGCUCCGCCACAUCUUGCAGCAGGUCUACAACCACUCGGUCACCGACCCGGAGAAGCUCAACAACUACGAGCCCUUCUCCCCGGAGGUGUACGGAGAGACCUCCUUCAACCUGGUGGCUCAGAUCAUCAACGAGAUCGAGAUGAUGGAGGAAGACACCUUCGUGGACCUGGGCAGCGGUGUGGGCCAGGUGGUGCUACAGGUGGCUGCAGCGACGAACUGCAAACACUACUACGGAGUUGAGAAGGCAGACAUCCCAUCCAAAUACGCAGAGGCGAUGGACUGGGAGUUUACAAAGUGGAUGAAAUGGUACGGAAAGAAGCACGGCAAUUAUUCGUUGGAAAGAGGGGAUUUCCUUUCUGAAGAGUGGAAGGAGAGAAUCGCAAACACAAGUGUGAUUUUUGUGAAUAACUUUGCCUUUGGUCCCGAGGUGGACCACCAGCUGAAGGAACGGUUUGCAAACAUGAAAGAAGGUGGCAAAAUCGUAUCCUCUAAACCUUUUGCACCUCUAAACUUUAGAAUAAACAGUCGGAACUUGAGCGACAUAGGCACAAUAAUGAGGGUUGUGGAAUUAUCACCACUGAGGGGCUCUGUAUCCUGGACAGGGAAACCAGUUUCUUACUACUUGCAUACAAUAGACCGCACCAUACUUGAAAACUAUUUUUCUAGUCUCAGAAAUCCAAAACUCAGGGAGGAACAAGAGGCAGCUAGACGUCGGCUACAAAGAGAAACUAAAGAGAGCAAAAGCAACACGACUACACCGACCAAGAUCCAGGAACACAAGGAUUCUGGGGGUGAAGAUGAGAAGUCGGGGUCCGUGGCCCUGGUGAAGAAGGGGUCCCCCGCGAAGCCGCGCAAGGCCCGUAUCGGCAACAAGGGGCGCAAGAUGGCCGGCAGGAAGCGCGGCCGCCCCAAGAAGGCGAAUCUCAUCGCAGCCGCUGAGCGCAAAGCCAAGAAGAACCAGUCAGCCCUGGACCUGCUCCACGCCAAAACCGUGUCCCAGACAGCGCCCCCUCAGGAUGCAUACAAGUCACCUCGUAGCCCAUUCUUCCAACUACCUCCCAAAGUGCAACGCUAUUCAUCAGGGCAGCUGCUGCUCAGCCCCACCCCCCCUGCACUGCAGCAGCUCCUGGACUCCAUCAAAGUCCAGUACCUGCAUUUCAUGGCCUACAUGAAGACUCCCCAGUACAAGACCAGCCUGCAGCAGAUCCUGGAGCAGGAGAAGCAACGAAACAGCGAGCUGUCGGGCCGGGUUGAGCAGCUGUACACUCUCUGCCAAGCCCAGAAAGAGAAGACCAAGGGGCUCUUUCAGCACAAACUCGAGGAGCUGGGAGUGAAGGCCCUGACGUACGAGGACCUGGUCCAGGCGCAGAAGGAGAUCUCCGCCCACAACCGGCAGCUGAAGGAGCAGACCAAGCAGCUGGAGAGCGACGCAUCGGAGCUGAGGGAGCAGAGCCUGUGCCUGCUGAAGGCCCGGUGUGACGACCUGAAGCUGGACUGGUCGAGUGUGUCUCUGGAGUCUCUCCUGAAGGAGAAGCAGGCACUGAGGAGCCAGAUCUCCGAGAAGCAGCGACACUGCCUCGAGCUGCAGAUCAGCAUUGUGGAGCUGGAGAAGAGCCAGCGCCAACAGGAGCUGCUGCAGCUCAAGUCGUACAGCCCCUGUGAGGACACCCUGCCUUCCCACUACAGGAGCAAGGGGCCCCCCUGCCUGGACCUGCAGCCCCCCUGCCUCGACAUGGAGGUGUCCAAGCUGCCCCUGCCGGCCUUCAACGGGCUGAGCCCGGAGCUGUCCAUGAAUGGGGGCGACGGGUUCGACAGGGGGGGCAAAGCGGAACUCGUCUCGCACUACCUGCCCUCCCCUCAUGAUCAAGACAUCGUUCCCCCUACCCCCGGGGCCAGGCAGAGGCAGCCCAGCCACGCCCUGCCCGAUUACACACGCUUCUCCCCGGCCAAGAUUGCCCUGUGGAGACACCUCAACCAGGAGCCCAGCUGGGGCCAGAGGGCUGCACUGGGGCUGCACAGAGGUGAGGCUGGAAGGGAUGGGGCUCUGUCUCCACUCACCCCGGGGCUGAAACACGGACAGACCUUCCCAUUGCCCCCUUCACCUGGGAGCCAACAGAGCGGGGCGGCCAAGACUGCUGACAGCAAGGGCUGUAAAGAGAGAAUCCCCCCUGGAACUGCUGACACCAUCACCAGCCUCCCCGUCAGUAUCCCCUUGAGCACGGUGCACCCUUGCAAGCUGCCAGUCAGCAUUCCCCUGGCCAGCGUGGUGCUGCCCAGUCGCGCAGAGAAACUGAGGAGCACGCCUAGUCCGGUACCACAGACCCGAGACCCGGGCUACCCUGACAAGCUGAGCAGCUCCACCUGCCAGACCAACGGCAGCGCGACGGGACAGAAACUGCAGCACACACCUACCUCAGGUUUUUCCUUCAGCUCUGGCUCCAUGACUGUGAAUGGAGGCUCCCAUCCAGGCUCGGGCUGUUUCUCCCUGGAUCCCAGCUCCCUGGACGGGUCCCCAGUGUCCCGGGGCUCUCCACCGCAGACGUCCUCCUUCCUGGUCAUGCAGGCGCGCAGCUCGGGGCAGGCCUCUCCCGGCAGCCCCCAUCUGGGGGGAAGCGGAGGGGGGCUCCACAGUACAGGAGGGGUGCUGCAGUACGCUGACGGGCCCCCCAGAAUCCUACCUGAGGGGAAGAGGGAGCUGGGGUCGGACAUGGAGCUGCUGGAGAGCGAAGCCAAGAGGAAGAUCAUCUUCUCAGGGACCCUGGGGGGUAAACAGCCCUCCUCUGCUAAGCUGGGACCUCCAGCCAGCCAGGGCCACGCUCUGGAGGGCAGGAAGCGUGGUAGGAGGAAGCGUGGCUCUGCAGGGACCACAUCCAUGGGGGGCUCCCCCAAACGCAAACCCGUUCCGGGACUCUGCACCCACGCCUCGGGGUCCCCUCUCAAUAUCAACUCCAUGGUGAACAACAUAAACCAGCCUUUGGAAAUCGCAGCCAUCUCGUCCCCGGAGAACUCUCUGAAGAACUCCCCCGUCCCGAACCUGGACCAGCCCCCCGUGCUCAAGAGGGAGCGCCCCCUGGAGUUGAACGGGGCAAGGCGCUACUCCCCCUCCCCCCCGUCCAGCUCUGACGAAGAGCACUGCGGCUUCCAGGACGACAGCGGCAGCAUGCGCAUUGAGAGGAAGAUUGCGACCAUCUCCCUGGAGAGCAGCCCCAUCAAGGCAGGGGACAGCGACAAGGGUGGAAGCUCGGCAGGCAGGAAGGCUGCUAAUGGCAUUGAAGUAUCCCCCUGUUCCUCCUCCUCCUCUUCAUCCUCCUCCUCCUCCUCCUCCAGCAGCAGCAAGUGGAAAUCCACCUUCUCCCCGAUCUCAGACCCCAAGCAGCCCGCUUCGGAGUGUCUGCGGCAUGGGGGCUCUCCUUUCGGGGGGCGCUUCUGUGACUCCGAAACGGACCACAAACAGCAGCAGCAGCAGCAUCACAGGAAAACGUCGGGGACAGGGGGCAGUGAAUCCAGUGGGGGUGACUCCCCGUGCCCGCUCAACAAUGGCUACCCCAACCAACACCAGAACUCCAAACCAUUCCAGACCGACAAGCACAGCUCAUCCCACCAACACCACCACCAUCAUCAUCAUGGCCACCACCACCACCAGCAUGGGGCAGCGUCAGUGGCUGCCCAGGGGAGGGCGAAGUCUCGGGACUGGGAGGUUGUGAAGAGCAGCAGUACUAACUGCAGCAGCAGCAGUAGCCAGAACCUCUUCUUUUCAGCGGCUGGGAUCCUGAGUGGAAAAGGGGUCUCCCCGGUUGUGGUUUCGUCCUCUUCUCCCUCGGGGGUCACUGUGGGGCCCUCGCACCCCUACCUGGGGCCUCAGUUUCCUCUGGGGGGUGCCUCUGUGCUGCACUCGCUGUUUGGGGUCCAGUCUCCGGCCGGGGGGGCCCCCAGACUGGUGAACGGACACACGGUGAUGGGGGCUUUUUCCAGCUCCGGCCUCGCUGGGGGAGCAGCAGGAGGUAUAUUUAACCACGUGAUGCCUUCCAUCUCUUCCCACCAAUUCGGAGCUGGCUUGAGCAGCUCUAUCAACAGCACCAGUGGUGCCGCUUUGCUGAGCUUUGCCCCAUUGCAGCAGAUACAUGCAGUGCCAGGCCCUAACCCCUCUAGCACUGGGGUCCCCUUCCCAACCUCCUCUACCCAGUCUAUCCCCCAACACAGCCGGACUCAGUCUGUGCUCCACACCCCUCCUCCCCCUACCCUGUCCCUUCCCCCACCCCCUGCUCUCCUAACCUCCUCUUCAUCAUCCCAGUCUUUGCAUGCCAGCUGUGGCAGUGAUGCUUUCCUGCCCACCUCUGCUCGCCAGCUCGCUUCUGCUAGGCUGCCCACUGUGCAGCAGCUGCAACAAACCCAUCAUCCGAAAUCAUCUUUGCCUCCUUCGUCGUCUUCUCUUUCCUCCUCCUCUUCUCUGUCUCGCCCGUCCUUCACCGUGCACCACCCCCCUGUGCCCCCUCGCUCUGUGCCUGCUCCUGCCCCGCCUGCCAGCACGCUCUGGGUGACUCUUGGCAUGCAGGCUCCCUACAGUUCCAGCCUCCCUGGGGUCCGCCCAAGAUAAAGGGCUGCUUUCCGGGCUGCCUUUUAUUUAUUUUUUCCCCACGAUAAGGUAACUAAAAAUUCUACCUCAACCCAAUGUGACCUAUGCAAAGGACAGCUGUGGACCAGCGGGACUCUCUUCCACUGACUUGGUGCUCAAUGGGGGUUCUGUGUUCAGUAUGGGUGUGAAACUCUCUCUCUCUCGCGCACGCACACACACACACACUUACACACGGGGGGGGGGGGUGGCACGCACUCAGCACUGCUUUCUGAAAGGGGGCGGUGAGCCUCUCCAUGUUUUCUCCACAGCAGCAGCAGUGCUUCUCAAAUACCCAGUCCAGGUUUUCGUUUCAGCCUCCUUUUCGUUUUCUCCCAUUUUGUGUUGUGGUUUCAGAUUUAAGGCUGUGCUGAGUGCUGUGUUUUUUGUGCAGCUGAAAACCAAGGCAAUAUUAUUAGAUGGGGUUGAAACAGCUUGAGGACUGGGGUUGAGGGCCACUGUUCUGCAGCAGUGUUACUCAACUUGGAUCUGAACUACAGGGACCCCUAGAACUGUGUUUCCGAACCUGUUCUCAUUGAGUGCUGUUGUCCAUUGAGCUGCGUGGUUAAUCAUGGCCAAUGGUUUUGAAAUACAAAGCUGUGCUCAGGAAAGGGGUGAGGAUGGUUAAUUGGGUUACAGAGCUUGUGUGAUUGUGUUAUCCUCCUUUCAGCCUCUAUAGUAUUGUAUCUCACCCGAUCUGAAGAAACCGGCUUACCACAGAGCAGGAUCUUCAGCAAUGAAGACCAAAAAAAAUAAAUAAAUGAAAAGCCUUUUUGCUUUUAAACCAUGUCCCUUUAAAAAAAAUCAAAUAAAGAAAUCAAAUAAAAGCAGUAAUAAGUGUCUGGUAGCUGGAUUUCCACAGAAUAAUUGUCUCCCGAUGGUAAGGUGUGGUUUUGUUUUAUGUAAAGGGUCUUCAUUCAAAAUGCUGGCCCUUAUGCACUGAUUGUCUGUCACACUCUCUAAAUGGUCUUGAAUGUUCUCCAGACUUUUAAUGUGAUAAACUAUCCCGUUUGCAUGUAAUCUAAUACACUGAUUUCUUUUAUGCACAUUUUUACAAAGUGUGUGCAGUGGAUAAAAUGCUGUACACACACUCCCCUCUGCCGACAGCGAGAAUGCUAUACUAACAUUGUUACUGUGACCUUAAAUGAACUCGCUGCUUGCCCAUCUUAGCAACAGCACAGUGCUCAUUGAGACUGGGUUCGGGACAGGGUUCGGACAGUGGAAACGCAGCUUAAUAAAUCUUGACUGUCCUUGCAGGGGUCUAGCGUUGAGAAUCGGUGCUUUUUAGGGCAGCUAACUGCACUGCGCCCUGUCUCGCUGCGUUGUGUGAUCACUUGUUCAACGUAACCUGACCCCUGGACUGUGCAGUCACCUGCUCAACUCUGGCCUGAUGCACUGUACGUUUCUUUAUGUACCAGCAUAAUUUUUUUUUUAAAUCAGAAAAAAAGCUUGCUUAUUAAUUUAUUAAAUGAGUGUUUUUAAACAUUCUAAAUCUGUAUUUAAAUCCUAAACGUUUGUACAUUUCUCUUUUGUUUUUAACAGCUUGGCUGGUUUGUCAGUUAUGACUGUGUGGGUUGUGAUCACAUUGUUUUUGUAGAGUAACACUUGACUUUUUUUUUUAUUUGUCUCUCCUCUUAAAGCACACACCUUCUUACUACUUUUGUAUUGUGCAUUGUUCUCCACGAAAGACCAUGGCUUGCUUUUUUGCCUAUUGAAUUUUUGAUAAUGUUCUAACAUAAUGGUCUCGGUCUAAACUUAUUAACUUGUCAAUUCACUGUACCAUAACAAUGCCUUCGCUUGCUCGCUCCCCGACCUUAAACUAUUACAACACCCUUAACAAUGAACCGUGAUGACCCAAAUCCAUGUGUUUGGAACCGGCUCAGAUUUCAGGCAUACUGCGCAGCGAGGCUCAUCCCAGGUUGAACAGUUAACACACACACUGUAGUGGGUGUUUCACAAAUCCCAGAACAGAGGUGAUUGUUGUGGGCUGUUAUGCAGCUAACGAUGUGGCGUCCUUCCUUCUCUGCUGGGCCGCUGGCACUCGGCAGUAAGUGGCCAGUCAUUUGGCAGCAUGACUCGUUUGACCAAACAACUCCUUGUGGACCUCAGCUCUUUGGAUAUGGUGUUGCUUGCCUGCCUGCCUGGCCAAGAAAGAAAGCAGCCUGGAGACUUUGUCUCCCUGUUCUGGGAGUUCUGCAACACGCGCUGCCCUAGAGAAUGUACCAGUGGUUCGCUUGUAUUGUGAACACUGAUAGCUAACUGUCAACAGACUGUUCGGGACAGGGAGAGGAAGAAGGGGUCUAUGUUGAACAGUGGAGGAUCUAAAUUGUAGCGAGAAGUGGGGUUCAUUUUAGAUCAACUGCUGUUUUAUUUUUAUUUUAAAUCAUUACACUAGACCCCAGUGCAGUAGGUACACAGUGCAACUAGCUGUCUACAGUACAGGUAGGAGAGGGGUGUGCUAGAAUGGAACACUUGAAAAUAUGCUUUGUGUAUGUCAUGUCCCUGGAGAUGUUUAGGAGCCUGUAUACUGCGUUAUUGUAUGUGUGCAUGUGUUAUUGCAAUUUGUUUAACCUCAAAUCCCUGGUUUUAUUUGUAAUGAUGGGUUGAUUGUUAAUGUGAUUGCUGCUCCAUUCUAGCAGGGAAUCACCCCCCCUCCUCUGUAUAACUGCAUAGUGUACACAGUAUAGCUUGGGGGGGUUCUGAUUUACAGACUUACGUGGGGAGGAGGGGGACUUGAAUUAAAAACCAAAACAAAGUAUGAGGCUUUAUUUCCUAUGUGUUUUUGUCAUAUGCUACUGUACUUCCAUAUUAACACUUAUUAAAAAUGAAAUGCCUUUUUUCUAAAAGGAUAAGCUAUAUAAUGGCAACGCUUUAUUAUUGAAGUCUAUCCAGUGCAUCACUCUGCAUUAAACAUUCUGCUAAGGGAGUUGGAAUCAAGAUGUAUUGAGUGAAAAGUUAAUCAGAACCCCUGGAGCUAACUGCACUGUGCACGCACACACACACAUUCACACGCACACACACAUGCUAGAGGGUUUGGCUGGCUGGUAAAGGUGUGCACAGGUACCAACCUGUGUUCCUGUAUGAGAUACCAAAGAAACAGAACUGGAUCCCAAUACUCUGAGAGCUUUCUUGACACACUCUGCAGAACUGGGAUUGGUCAGCUGGGGCUUAUCUAUGUACAGUUCAGACACUGAAAUUCAUUACUAAUAUUGGUGCUACAGAGGCAGGAAUUGCAUGGAUAGCUUUUCCAGUCCUGUUCCCUCCUUCUCCUACCAGGUCUGAAUUUACCCAUUCUUAAAUCUAAAGUGUAGCUGCAAACUGGAGACUUGGGCGGUGUGUGGGUUUAAGUUCAUGAACCUGUGCGGGGUGGAGGAAACUUGAGGACUGGAGUUAAAAACGUGGUGGUUCACACAGUGAUCCGAUCCCUCAGGAAUCCAGUUCCAGAGAGUAUCUGCAGCCAGCCCAGCCUUGAAGGAUGACCAAUACUACUGGGGAUUCAUUAUUUUUAGAGCAAAAUAAUUAUUGUUACUGUGAAUGGGGGAGGGGGGAGUCUGCCUCCUUUCGGCUGUAUAAUUGUUUAUAAUUUAGAAAUAUUUAUCCUUUUUUAUUAUUAUUUUUUUUUUGGUUGAUGUUAUUGGGUUUAUUUAAUUCCAGCAAAGCAGUAGAGAAGCAGUGUAGGGUACGGGGCCAUUUUCUGAUGCUCUGUCUGAUUUUCUUUUUUCUAGCCUGUACCUGGUGCUAUCAGUCCGACUCAGAACUGUGCCUGGGGGUUCAAAAAACAGAACAACAAAAACAUAAACUUGGUGCUCUUGUACACAGGGAUGUCCAAUACCCAAAGGUAGCAAUAAUCCUUAAAGCAGGGGGUCCCAACCCUGGUCCUGGGGACCCCCUGUGUCUGCUGGUUUUCAUUCCAACUGAGCUCUCAAUUACUGAACCAGACCCUUCAUUGGACUGAUCAUUUGCUUAAUUAGCUUUUUAAAAGAUGCAGAGUUCAAGCUACUUAUAAAAUGUUACAGCGAACUUGGAAUCUGCAACUGUUUAAGAGCUGAAAACAAUUCAAAAGGUCUAAUUAAACAAAGGUAUUCGAUCAAUUAAGGGCCUGGUUAAGUAACUCAGUUUGAAUGAAAACCAGGCGACACAGGGGGUCCCCAGGACCAGGGUUGGGAACCACUGCCUUAAAGCAUUAACAUGUCUUAUUUUUUAAUAAGACCUUGGGGUUGUGUGUUUCUUGUUAAAUCCAUGGUGCAGCAAACAAAACACUGUACCUUGUUUUGCAAUCCAACCGACAGGAUAGCUAGUCCGCACAGGGAACAAAAACCAACAAAACUCUAAGUGGCUGCUGUACUAAAGGUGCUUGUAAACGAGAAUCGAUUAUAAUGCAAACCGAGCCUCUUAAGCUGUUCUUGCUCAGAAACUCCUGCUGAAAGGGGGUGGUGCAUCGUUCUAGCCGUUGUGUGUGCGUGGCGUCUCUCUCCACCUCCACACUGACUGCGAAGGCACAUGUGUAUCGUGUGUUAUAGCCGCUAACCACGAGGACAGCUUUGUAAAUUAGAUGGGUAGCAGUGAAAUCAGCAGGUAGUAAAGGGAUAGUUUGGCAUACCGGAGAGGGCUACCACAGCAGUGGGUAGGGUACAGGAUUGUGUUGGAUAAAGAGCAGGUAGUGGUCAAUGCAUUGGGAUGGUUAGUUCCUCAUUGGAGUGAGUGUGGACCUGGAUUGGAGUUUACAACCCAGUGUACCUGCACUACACAAGUGUGCUCAAGUCGGCUGGCUUUCUGGUCUGUGUGCAGGAAUCUGGUCAGGUGACUGCUGUGUAGCUCUCCCAAGUUGGAAUGUACAGCUCUGGCCAAAUGUUUUGCAUCACCUCGAAGUUUAGGAUUGAGACAUAAUUUAGAAAAAGUUCAACUAUACGAACAGAAUUUUAGAUAUUUUAUUUAACAUCAUGUAAUCAAAAGAAACUACAAAAUGAUAUCGCAAAAGUCUACCGUUAGCCAUAAUAGAAUGAUAUUUCGUUGGAUUUCGAAAUGUCACAUUUUUCAAUUUGUCAGUUUUUCGUUAAGGAUAUGGAAAACUACAAAGCGCUAUGUAAUUCAAUAUGUUAACGUAACAUUAUUCAGCAGGUUUCAUUCAACUUUAUGAAGCAAAAUGAGUUAAUUCUACAGGGAGAUGUAAAAACUUUGGCCAUAGCUGUAUGCACAGGUUGAUUAGAAAGGAAGUGUACCACAUCAGUGGUGUGGUGCGUUGAUGUGGUAAAGUCAAGUUUUGCACAUCAGGCCGACAGUGUUCUGCAUAUGACCUUGAGAAAUGAAUCUGGCCAAAAACUUUGACGUGUGUGUGUGUGACAGCUGCUGAAAAUCUGGAAAGGGAGGACUGUCAUCUUUUUCUGAAGAGGCUGUGCAUACAAAGAGUCUUCUGGAUUGUCAGCCAAAGCAAGUCAGUGUUUGUGGGUUCUGAUACUGGCAACUCUGUUUUUGUCACCAGCACUGAAGUCUCUUGUGUUGUAUUAUAAUAGUAGUUAUUGUUAUUAUUAUUGUUGUUGUAAUAAUUAUUAAGAUGAAUAUGAUGAUCUUUACAAAUGACAUCCAGGUGAAUAAUAUUAUCUUACUGCAAGGUGCUCUUCAAACUUAAAAAAAGGAAAAUGCAGCUAUGAAUGAAUUACCAUGAAAUCAUUUUUCCUAUUUUAAUGUUCGUAUUAAGUGAUCCCGUCCAUGCGCUCCCUUUUUGGGGAUAUUGAAACCUCAGUACUGUGAGUGAGCAGCGUGUGCGCAGCAGCAGAGGUAUGCUUUAUACUUGAGAUUCUGGGAUUUUAAAACUCUUUAAAAAGACAAAAGGUUCCUAGCCUUUCUGCAUAUACUGUUUUGUAAGAUGAUUAUCAUUAUUAUAAUUUUUUGUGUUUAAUAGUGUGUAAUUGGUUUUUAAGGUAUGUAUUUGAAUGCGUUUUUAUUUCAUUUUUGUAUUUAUUUUUUUUAAGAAGAUUAUAACUUUUAAACUGCAGUGAUAAUUGUUAAGAAAAUGAAGUUUGAGAGGUACAGCAUCGUAAUCGCUUUGAGAAAUCCUAUUAAAGAAAUAAACAUUUUAGUUUUGCUUUUCUGAAUUUACUUUUUUUUUGUAGAAAUGUUACAAAAACACUGCAAAUACCAGUGCUCAAAGAGCCACACCAGUUCCCUUACUGGUACAGUUCUUAAUCCUAGUAUAAUAUGUAUUUCAUUAACUGGUACAGGAGUUGAAAUACCUAGCAUCAAUACCUGAUCCUAUUACUGGUAGUUGUAAACCCCAGUAUAAACAAUGUGCCCUUUUACUGGUAUAAUUUAAAUACCCAGUAUAUACAUAUAUUGCAUUACUGGCUUAAUAAUGAAAACCCAGUAUAAUGAAUUCCUUUAUAAUUGUGAGUCUCUUUUCUAAAUACUAUAUUCUCCUCUAGAAAUUGUUGAUCCCAAUUUACACACCCGGUCGCUUAUGAGUUGUAUAUAAAUAACCAAUAGAAAACACCAGAUUGUCCACUGCCGGUUGUAAAUACACAGUCCCUCACUGUUCCUUCUCCGAUAGUUAGUUGCAAAUUCUGAAAACGCAUGCUUUCCUCGCUUCAGUAACCAUAUUGUUCAAUGCAUUGCGUAAGUAAACAGGUGCUUGAAGUUGCUGUGUUUUAAGGUUUGUGUGCCAUAGUUGCCCUUUUCUAUAGCAGAAACACUAUAAACAGAAGUGAAUUAUUUAAAAAUGUACAUAUAUUUUCUAUACAGUGUAUCUAUUUUGGUGAUGAAUUGUGUUUGUUUUGAGAAGUGAGGUAGAUAGAGAUAGAAAACCCCAUGUAGGUCUGGCUUUAACUGCUUAUAAACCUCACACCUCCCCUGAUUCAAGACUUACGGUAUAACCGCACCAAUGGGACAGUGUACUGGUAUGCAUUUGUGAGUGAGGCUAGUUUUAACUUUGACCUUAGACAAUUUCAAUGCCACAGAAUAUACAACGCUGUUGUAUAGCAAUACGGAUGUCUUGACAUCUUAGCCAGGUCUCGGACUUGUGUUCGUCUGAAACCAAAACUGCAUUUCUUUUUCGUAGCCUAUACUCGAGUAUUAUCCAGAUGUGAACUGAAGGAGUAGCCUUGAUGUGAGAGGGAGCAUGUUACCCAUUUAGCCUAGGAGUUCUGCAGACAGAACAUAGACUGCUUGCCAAUUGGGGGGUCUUAAGAUAAAGAAAGCCCUUGUUCCUGUAGCAGCCGGGGAGCUCACACAGCGCGCUGCACUGUCCGGUAUCCUGGGGGGUCUGCUUUGCCCUGGAAUUGGGAGGAUUGGAAUACUGUCUGUGUUCAGUACCAGUGUGAUGGAAUGUGGCUGGUUUGAUGGUGAGUAGGAUUGUAUAGCUUUAUUCCCGUAAUGAAAAAGUGUUGCUAGAUAUGCUUGGGAUGCAUUUCUCGUAUUUUAAUCGCUCGGUAGAAACCUGGAGAGGAGUUUAUUUUUUAUUAUUCAGCUACAUGAGUUUUGUGCGUUUCUUUUUGUGUUUGUUUUAUUGUGUGUGGGUGGGAGGAGGGUCCAGCAUUAGGGUUAGAUGACUGCAAGUCGGACGUAAUUGGCUUCGUUGGGUGGCGUUGACAUUUUAUCUGACAAUGUGAGUGAGUGGCAGCAUUGAGUGAAGUGGCUGCUUAGUUGUACCUUGUGAUUUAGUUGUUUUUUCCCACUUUUUUUAUUUAUUACAUUUGUUUAAAGAACAGUGAAGCCUCCUUUAUUUGAUCACUUUCGUAAUACCUUUCUAUUUGAUCACAAAGUGGUUGAUUCAGUGGCUUUUUGUAGUUGAUAGCUGGUAAUUAUCAAAGGGGAUUGCAGUUCUUAAUUACAAUAUGUGGUUGAUUUAAGUUGACCAGUGACUGCUGUUUUAGUUGUUUUGUAGUCGUGAUUUUU